AACAAUAAAGGUAAAUUUUAAAAAAAGAAAGGGACAACAUUAAAAAUCAUUCGAGUGAAAAAAAGAAUUGCAUUUUUCAUUAAAAACUGCUAUUUUAUGUCCUUGUAUAUAAGAAAAAGUACAUUUUAUGUUAAAAAGAGUUUAGGAAAAAGGAAACAAGAGCAAUCAUAAUUUUAGUGUAAAUUUUACUGUUAAUAUUUUUGAGUGAUCAAAUAUUUCAACUUUAAAAUGUGAUUUUUCUUUUUGCAAAAGUAGUCUUAUAGAACAUAAUGAAAUAGGAAAUGUCUUUUGUCACCUACAGCUGAAGUCCAGAAAUUUCCAUGUCUAUUUAUAUCUCAUCUUUCCUGUAUAAUGUUAUAAAGCUAUAUUUUGUUUUAAAAAUUCCUUUAGUGAUGAAUAUUUUUGGAUUGGUUUCUAUGUUUUGUACUAUUAUUAACUAUGCUAAAAUGAACAUUCUUAACCUGAAUGCCAUUCCAACUAAAACCAGGAAAGUACAGAGGUCAGAGGUGUCUAUUUUGACCAGCACUAGUUAACAUUAUUGGGGGGAGGGGUGGUUCUAGCAAAAGGAAAUAAUCCGUAAACCUAUAGAAAAUAACAGACAAGAUUAUUUUAUGAUUGUAAACUUAAAAAUCCCUAGGAACACUAGUAAGAUGACUGACUAGUUUUAAUGAAAGAAUCUGACUAUGUGGCUGGAUAUAAGAUAAACAUACAAAAUCCAUAGUUUUUCUCUUUGCUGGUAAGAACUUUACAUUGAUGAAAAAUGAUGAAAAUUUCACUUUACGUCAUUGACGAAAACCACUUUGGAGUUAAAUCGGCAAGAAAUGUGCAAGACUUAUGUGAAGUAAAUAAAAUCAUACUGAAGAACAUAAAGCAAAUUUUAAAAGAUGGGAUGUUCUUGGUUGGAAGACCUAAGAGUGAAAUAAAUGUCAGCUUCAAAUUUUAUUUUUCAGAAAUUGAGCCUUACUUUCCGGAAAGGAAAGGUGGCAAAUGUUUCUUUCCCUUCCGCUACAAAGACGGGGUGUUCUAUGACUGCGUCAAGAUGAAGGCAAAACACAAGUGGUGCUCCUUAACCCAUAGCUUCAAAGGCUAUUGGAAGUACUGCUCUGAGGAAGACCUCGCAAAAUGUAUAUUUCCCUUCUGGUUCAAACAUAUGAUCUACUGGGAAUGUACCGAGGAUUCGGAAGCAUUUGGGAAAAAAUGGUGCUCGCUGACCCAGAACUAUAACAAGGAGAGAGUGUGGAAAUAUUGUUGAUGCUGUGUGUGGGCAGAAGGGCUGGAGAGGCGCAAUCGUUCUCAUGGGAAAGAAUCCGCAGCUUCUGCUGGGAAAGGCGGAGCUAGGGCCCUUCUCUGAGAUGUGAUGUGAAGGUGGUCUGGCUGUAAAUACUUGGGGUUUUGAUUCCGCUCAUGGGCUUUUGAUAAGGAAACCUAUAUUCUCACCUCAGCACUCUUCCUUGCUAAGCGAGUAAAAUUAGGCCCUUAAAAUAAAAUAAAAAUGUGUGGACUGUGGGUGAUAAUGAGGUGUCAUGUCAUCACUUGUAACAAAUGUCCCAGUGUGGUGAAAGGUAUUGGUCGCGGGGAAGACUGUGCUUCUGUGCGGGGCCAGGGAGCCCAGGAGAGCUCUGUGCCUUUCCCUGUGCCCCCCCCCCCAUGCUUUCCCAUUAGCCUCCUUACUCCCAAGCUCUAAGGGCCCUUUCUUUGCCUCUGUAACUUGUUUCCUAAGCCCAGUUCUUCUAGGAACUACUUCUUCCACCUCUGUAAU